GUACCUCAUCGCCAUGUCUUCUCUGGCCCCCCUGAUGGGCAGGCUGUGCCAGGUCUUUAGCCCGCGGUUAUGCAUGUUCUUCUCUACAAUGGCCAUAUCUAUUGGAUCCAUCGUGACAUGCACUUCCAUGUCAUUUGAGCAUUUUAUCCUGGGUCGUGUCAUUACUGGAGCUGGUGGUGGAGGCAUCUUCAUCGUCGCUAGCAUCAUGGCCAUCCAGAUGACCAGUCCCAAGCGGCGGGGUCUGUACAUGGGCCUUGCGAAUACAGCAAUGACCGUGGGCGUCUCGCUUGGUGCCGUCAUUGCUGGGGCACUGGAGCCUAGAAUUGGAUGGAAACCGCUUUUUGGUAUUCAAGUGCCCCUAAGCUUCAUUGCAGGUCUGUGCCUACUAUUGUCCAUCCCGGCAAGCCACAAUUCCAACAGCAUCAAGUAUACCAACCUCUCCAUCCGCGAUAAGCUUGCCCGCAUCGACUACACCGGGGCUUUGCUGUUGACUGCCACCAUCGUCCUCUUCCUCCUUGGUCUGUCUGGCCCAAAAGUUCUCCCGACGCCUAUCAUCUUAUCGGCCGUGGCUCUCCCGCUGUUUGUGCUCAACGAAGCCUAUGUGGCCAGCGACCCCGUCAUUCCAGUCUCUGUGCUACGCUCUCGUGGAACUCUGCUGACCUGUCUUGCAACGACUGGCUUCAUGAUGUCUCGGUGGAGUAUCCUCUUUUACACUCCCGUGUACUCGCUUGCCAUCCGAGGCUGGGCGCCUGCCGUUGCCGGAUCCAUACUUAUCCCAACAAAUGCGGGGUUUGCGUGUGGUGGGCUGCUUGCAGGAGUCUUCCACAUCAAACGAACUGGAAGCUUCUACCUCCAUACCCUUAUCUCCAUGGCACUAUUUCCUAUAACCAUGGUUGUCCUCGCCUUCAUAUCAACUCCUACUAGCCCCUGGACUCUGUACGUGGUUGUGGUCUUUUCCAACGGUCUCGCCACUGGAGCAGCUAUGAACUAUGCGCUUGUCCAUCUGCUUCAUGUCACACUGCCAGAGGUGCAUCCGAUUGUCAUAUCUCUCCUUGCGACGUUUCGCGGCUUUUCGGGUUCAUUUGGCUCGGCGAUUGGUGGCGGAUACUUUGUUCGUGUCUUGCACAAAGCUUUGGACGAAGGGUUCGCGCAAUCUGGCUUAAAGAACCGCGGCGAGCUCACAAGAAGGCUAUUGGGAAGUCCAGCGCUAGUAAGCAAACUGGAUGGUAAAGAUAAAGCAGUUGCUGUUGGUGCGUAUGCACAUGCUAUAAAAGCAUUGUUCAUAUGUGCUGUAGGUCUGUCUCUCCUGGCAGUGUUCGUGCAGGCAGGCACUGGCUGGAAGGCGCCGGAACAAUCUGAGCAAAGAGAGGAGGAGGCUGAAGUCGAGGGCAACGUACCCACUGGAGCUUGAGUAGUAUACGCGUCUUUCUCAUAUUGGAACCACUACUGUUUAGAUCUGGAUAGCUAGCAUAUUCAUUAUCU